AGGGGCCACUGCGCGGCUCUGCGCGGGCCGGCCUCCCCGACUGGACGGAGCCUGCCCGAGCUCCGGCCUCCACUGGCCUUCGUGCGCCCGGGUCGCCGAGCGGUAACCUCGGCGAGCGAGAGGAAGCCCGGCAGGGUGCGGCUAGAGCGUCCUCCCCAGCUCGUAUGCUCGGCUGCCCUUGAGGCUAGAGCGUCUUCCCCCAGCUCGUGUACUCGGCUACUCUGGCGGCUAGAGCGUCCUUCCCAGCUCGUAUGCUCGGCCGCCUUGGAGGCUAGAGCGCCCUCCCCCAGCUCGUGUACUCGGCUGCUCUGGCGGCUAGAGCGUCCUCCCCAGCUCGUGUACUCGGCUGCUCUGGCGGCUAGAGCGUCCCUCCUCCCGGGAGCCUCGUGUGACCUUCCCGCCAGCGGAGCGAUGCUGCCGGCGGCCGCUCUCCCCCUGUGGGGGCCGUGUCUCGGCCUUCGGGGCGCCGCGCUCCGUCUCGCCAGGCAGCAGAUACCACGGGUCUGCACCGUGCGGCUGAUGAGAUGCAGCAGCCAUCGGAGGGGGGAGGCCCUGGCUGGUGCGCCCCUAGACAACGCCCCCAAGGAGUACCCCCCCAAGAUCCAGCAGCUGGUCCAGGACAUUGCCAGCCUCACGCUCCUGGAGAUCUCAGACCUCAAUGAGCUCCUGAAGAAAACGUUGAAGAUCCAGGACGUGGGGCUCAUGCCCAUGGGUGGGGCGAUGCCUGCUGCUGCCCCUGCCGCGGCAGCUCCCGAGGCAGUAGAGGAAGACAUCCCCAAACAAAAAGAGCAGACACAUUUCACUGUCCGCCUCACGGAGGCAAAGCCUGUGGACAAAGUGAAGCUGAUCAAGGAAAUCAAGAACUACAUCCAGGGCAUAAACCUCGUGCAGGCAAAGAAACUGGUGGAGUCGCUGCCCCAGGAAAUCAAAGCCAACGUUGCCAAGGCCGAGGCGGAGAAGAUCAAGGCGGCGCUGGAGGCGGUGGGCGGCACCGUGGUCCUGGAGUAGGGCAGCGCUGAGGACUUGUGGACAGGGGUCUGUGGGACACGGGCACGGCCCUGCUGGCCGCACCCAGCACCCAGGCUCAGCCCAUGGGCGCCUUGGAGCAGUACUGCACACUGCCACUGCGUGGCAGCCCAGUUUUGGGACAGGCAUGGACCCGCUGAGCCCGGAGGGGCAGCUGCUGCCCUGAGCCCCACCGGGGCAGACUCUGAAACGCGCCUCGAGGUUACCACGCGCCCCCUGUUGGCCGCUGAGAAAAUACAUGGUUUGGGCCGUGUA